UGACAAAAUUAAACAUGCACAUUCUUUUCCAUCACAUCAAAACUCCAUAGAAACACCCAAAAAACUCAAACUUUUUCUCUCUCCUCAAUGGAAAUGCCAAUACACAAAAUUCCAAAACGUAAUUACAAGUCUAAACUUAUUCUACAAAUUUCAUUACCAAUAAUCUUAUUUACAAUAAUCACAUUACAAUUAUCCAAGAACAUUUCUUUCAAGAAAUCUCCUACUAAUCGUACUUCAUUAGAGUCAUUACACGCUAAUAAUGUUGAAUUAUUACAAACUUUACCUCAAAAAGAAUCAUUACCACCUACUAAUGAUGAUGAUGAUCAAGUUGUGAUCGAAUCAAAACGCUACCAAACAAGCCCUAAACCUAGCCCGGUUACAAAAUGUGAUCUUUUUUCGGGCGAAUGGGUCCCGAAUAUGGAGGCUCCAUAUUAUACAAAUUAUACUUGUAGGGUGAUCCAAGAACAUCAAAAUUGUAUGAAAUAUGGUAGACCCGAUACCGAGUUUAUGAAGUGGAAAUGGAAGCCAAACGGGUGUGAAUUACCCGUUUUUAACCCGAAUGAGUUCUUGGAUAUCGUUAAGGGCAAAUCUUUGGCUUUUGUUGGUGAUUCUGUUGCUAGGAAUCAUAUGCAAUCUUUGAUUUGCCUCUUAUCUCAGGUAGAACAUCCUUUGGAUAUUUCUCCUACAAAAGAUGAUAACUUUAAACGUUGGUACUUCCAAUCUUCCAACUUCACACUUGCUAUAUUUUGGAGCCCAUUCUUAGUCAAGACCCAAGAAAAUGACCCAAAUGGCAAAGCUGGAAAGACCUUUACUGGGCUCUACCUCGACGAGGCCAACGAUGUUUGGACGACCCAAAUCGAUGAAUUUGACUAUGUUAUCAUAUCCGCGGGGCAUUGGUUUUUCCGGCCCCUUAUCUAUUACGAGAAGGGUAAUUUUAUGGGAUGUCGUUAUUGUGAGAUAGAUAAUCUUAUGGAAUAUUCCCUCUCCUAUGGGUACCGAAACGCGUUUCAAACCUCGUUUCGGGCCAUUUUGGAGAGGGAGAAUUUCAAAGGUAAGGUGUUUUUGAGAACCUUUGCUCCCUCCCACUUUGAAGGAGCAGAUUGGGAUCAUGGGGGGGACUGCAAAAGAACUAGUCCAAUAAAAAGCUAUGAAUUGCCUUUAGAUGGACAAAAUAUGGAGGUGUAUACAGCCCAAUUGGAAGCUUUCAAAGAGGCCCAAAGUGUGGCCCAAAAACGUGGGCUUAAGUUCGAACUCAUCGAUAUGACCCGGCUCAUGUUGGUGAGGCCCGAUGGGCACCCGAGUGUAUAUGGGCGUCCGGCUAAGAUGAAUGGGAUAUGGCCCAGUGAUUGUGUCCAUUGGUGCUUACCCGGGCCCAUUGAUAGUUGGAAUGAUUUUUUGCUUGAGAUGUUAAAGAGUGAAGAGAAGAAUCUUCACUAAAAUUAGAUUAAAAGAGGGUUAUAUACUGUUAAUCAUGAUGCAUGAAGAAGUUUAGCAAUUGGUAUAAUUUAUUUAAUUGUAUAAAAAAAAAAAGGACCAAUUUGUUACAAAAGAGGUUGAUACAUGAUCAAUUCAUCAUACAAGAUUCAUUUUUCUUUUUCUCUGUUUUGUCGCACUAUAAUCUAUUUGUUACAAGAUAGAUUAUUAAAUAGAGUAUUAUUCAAAGAUUUGGAAAAAAAAAAUGUCAUUUGUUUUGUUUUUCACGUGUUGUAAGCACCAUUUUCUUCUUUCUAUUUUGAAUUAUGGCUAUAAUUACUUUAUUAGGAGAGGCAUCUCAAUAGCAAGCCUUUGUUUUAUUACGGUUUGAAAACUAAUA